AUGCUCCAACUCCUCUCCCAAUUACGCCAUAAUUGUGCCGUAGGAUAUGUUGGCGGCUCUGAUCUGUCAAGCAACAAGAGCAGCUGGGCACCACAACGAAAAGUUACCUCACUCUUCGAUUUCUGCUUCUCCGAGAAUGGACUGUCUGCCUUCUGUUUGGGCAAAAGCCCUGAUAGUACCAGCUUUAUCCAAUGGAUCGGAGAGGAGAAAUACCAAAAAUUCGCCAACUUCUGCCUCAAGUACAUUGCUAAUCUGGACCUGCUGAAGAAACGCGGUACCUUCAUUGAAUUCCGUAACGGAAUGAUCAAUGUCAGUCCCACUGGGAGAAACGCAAGCAUCGAGGAGAGAAAUGAGUUUGAAGCAUAUAAUGGUGUCUACGUCGCUACUUUCAAACCCGCCCGGCGCGCUUUCCAUGCCUCGGCUUCCCGGCAAAGGGAUCACCAUUUUGAUACCUUAAAGUUUGUGCAACGGCUUAAGGAUGAAGGAUUUAGUGAAGAACAGGCUGCUGCCAUGAUGAGGGUUCUUAAUGAUGUUAUUCAAGAAUCAAUCCAAAAUUUGACCCGCACAAUGGUUUUGAGAGAAGAUACUGAAAGAUCGACGUAUACACAGAAAGUCGAUUUCGCUAAGCUUCGCUCCGAACUUCUCAACGCAGACUCCACCGAAGCCCAGUUGACUCGAUCAUCACACGAGAAGAUCGCUGCCGAUCUUGCUAAGCUCAACUCACGACUACGAGACGAGAUUGGGCGUACACAAGCCUCAGUCCGUUUGGACCUAAACCUCGAGAAGGGCCGCAUCCGGGAAGAAGCGAACAGCCAGGAGAUGCGAAUAAAGGAGACAGAAACAAGAAUAGAGCAAGAAGUUGCGGGGCUGAGAGAACGAGUGGAGGCUGUGAAGUUUUCCACGCUACAGUGGCUCAUGGGUGUUUGCACCGGUACUGCUGCCCUCAUUUUGGGUGCUUGGCGCCUUCUGAUGUGA